UAAUCAAUAAAAUGUAAACAAAUCGAAUUUGAAUUUUUUUUCUUAUUCAUUAUUGAUUUUUACCGUUUUUAUUUCUUGUUUCGGGAAAAAUCAUUGCGUCUCGCAUUCACAAUGUGACAGUAAAUAUUUUUAUUAAUACUUUUCAGGAUCUGCACCGCACCAAUCUGAGGGCCUAAAAAUGAUGCUGGGCAGGAAGCAGAGCCUCAAAGGUGAACAAGUUUUAGCCGACUAUGGUCAGGAGGAGUCGCUAAAUGAAAAUGCAGAUAUCGAAUGGGUGAACAAGAUGUGGGUUCGAAGAAUCAUGAGAACCUGCGCCCUUUUCAGUCUGGUUUCUGUGAGUCUCAACACACCCAAAACUUUCGAGCGGUAUCCACCUCUGCAGUAUGUAACGUUUGUGUGUGAUCUAAUCAUCACUUUUCUCUUCACUGCCGAAAUGAUCGCCAAAAUGCACAUCCGUGGAAUCUUGCAGGGAGAGGUUCCGUAUUUGAAAGACCACUGGUGCCAGUUUGAUUCGAGCAUGGUGUUUUUUUUAUGGGCCUCUGUCAUCCUUCAAAUGUUUGAGAUGAUUGGUGUUGUCCCUUUGUUCAGUUACCUGUCGAUUCUUCGAGCGCCCAGACCUCUCAUCAUGAUUCGUUUCAUCCGUGUCUUCCUCAAAUUCUCCAUGCCAAAAUCGCGAAUUAAUCAAAUUUUCAAGCGCUCGAGUCAGCAGAUUUACAAUGUCACGUUGUUCUUCCUAUUUUUUAUGUCUCUGUAUGGCUUACUUGGUGUUCAAUUUUUUGGCGAGCUAAAGAAUCAUUGUGUGCUGAAUGAUACCCAUCCGCGACACGUCACACUCAACAGUCUUGCCAUUCCAGAUACAUUUUGCUCCAUGGAUCCAGAUUCUGGUUAUCAGUGCCCACUUGGAAUGAAAUGUAUGAAGCUUGAACUGUCACGGCACAUCAUUGGUUUCAUUGGUUUUGAUGAAUUUGCAACAAGUAUUUUCACCGUCUACCAAGCAGCGUCACAAGAAGGCUGGGUUUUCAUCAUGUUUCGCACGUACGACAGUCUUCCUGCAUGGCGAGCUGUCUUCUACUUCUGCACAAUGAUUUUCUUCCUCUCGUGGUUGGUCAAAAACGUUUUCAUUGCUGUCAUUACGGAAACAUUCAACGAAAUCAGAGUCCAGUUCCAGCAAAUGUGGGGAGUUCGCAGCUCCAUUACAAACAAAACUGCCUCUCAGAUACUAGCAGGAGAUGAUGUAGGCUGGAGAUUAGUGACCGUAGAUGAAAACAAACACACAGGGCUUGCCCCUCCUAUCUGUCAGGCGAUUCUCAAUUCUCCCUGGUUUCGAUCACUUAUGAUGACAGUGAUUCUUGCUAAUGGUUUAGUAAUGGCAACAAUGAAUUUCAAGCAUGACCAGCGACCAAGAUAUGUCUUUUACGAAAAGUAUUACUAUUUUGAGGUUGUUUUUACAAUUUUCUUCAACCUAGAGGCAUUGUUCAAGAUAUGGUGCUUAGGUUUCCGUGGCUAUUUUGAGCACUCCUAUCACAAGUUUGAACUAAUGCUAGCAAUCGGUACAACUCUUCACAUUAUUCCAAGCCUGUACUUGUCUGUUUUCACUUAUUUUCAGGUCCUUCGGAUUGUUAGAUUGAUUAAAGCAUCCCCAAUGCUUGAAGAUUUUGUGUACAAGAUUUUUGGACCGGGCAAGAAAUUGGGAAGCUUAAUCAUAUUCACCAUGUGCCUCUUGAUCAUCUCAUCUUCCAUUUCAAUGCAGCUGUUUUGCUUCCUAUGCGAUUUCACAAAAUUUGAAACCUUCCCUGAGGCUUUCAUGUCUAUGUUCCAAAUUUUGACACAAGAAGCAUGGGUUGAAGUCAUGGAUGAAACUAUGGUUAGAACUCGAGAAACGCUUACUCCGUUGGUUGCCAUUUACUUCAUUUUGUAUCAUCUGUUUGUAACUUUAAUUGUGUUAAGUUUGUUCGUUGCUGUGAUAUUAGAUAAUUUGGAAUUAGAUGAAGAUAUCAAAAAGUUGAAGCAGCUUAAGUUUCGUGAGCAAAGUGCAGAAAUCAAAGAAACAUUACCAUUCCGUCUCCGAGUUUUUGAGAAAUUCCCUGAUAGUCCACAAAUGUCAACCAUUCACAAAGUACCUUCUGACUACAUUCUCCCAAAAGUACGUGAAAGUUUCAUGCGCCAAUUUGUCUACGAUAUGGCAGAUGAUGAAAGCAUCUCUGAAAGCAUAAAAAGACUGAACGAAGUCCUGAAUACCCGUGUAAUUUACCAAAAGCAAAGACCAUUAAAAUUGCUGAGCAAUUUGCAAAAAGUUCGAACCAUCACCUCUGAACUUCGGAAAGCAUCAAUCACAGCAAUCAUAAAUGAUUCAAACAAUCAACGAUUGAUGCUUGGGGACUCAGCUGUCUUACCAAUGCCUGGCAAAGGCACUCUUCACUCACAAGGGACCAUUAGUAGUGCAAAGCAGUUGCGUUUGGAUCAAAAGAAGUCGGUAAGAAGAAGCGUCCGGAGCGGCUCGAUCAAGCUGAAACAGACGUACGAGCAUAUGAUGGAAAACGGAGACAUAGGUGCAAUGAACAGAGUAAGUGCUGCAAGAAGUCGUCCUCACGAUUUGGACAUCAAACUACUACAGGCCAAAAGACAACAAGCAGAAAUGAGGAGGAACCAGCGUGAGGAAGAUCUCAGAGAAAAUCACCCUUUAUUUGACACGCCUUUAUUUCUCGUGCCGCGGGAGGGAAAGUUCAGGAAAAUAUGUCGCUCAAUAGUUUACGCAAGAUAUGAUGCUCGUCUUCGAGAUCCCUUGACUGGCAAAGAGAGGAAAGUCAAGUAUAAGAGUUUACAUAACUUUCUAAGCCUAGUGUCUUAUCUCGAUUGGGUGAUGAUCUGUGUCACGACACUUUCAUGCAUUUCAAUGAUGUUUGAAACACCGUUUUACCGAGUCAUGGAAACGCCUGCUCUUCAGGUUGCUGAGUAUGUUUUUGUGAUUUUCAUGAGUCUGGAGUUAGCGCUCAAGAUUCUUGCAGAUGGAGUAUUUUUCACCCCCAAAGCAUACAUGAAAGAUGUUGCAUCGAUACUUGAUUUAUUCAUUUAUGUUACAAGUCUUGUAUUUUUAAGCUGGCUGCCUCGAAAUGUCCCACCAGGCUCUGGCCGGCAACUUCUCAUGAUUUUACGUUGUGUCCGUCCAUUGAGAAUUUUCACUCUCGUACCUCACAUGCGAAAAGUCGUCGAUGAGUUGUGUCGUGGUUUCAAGGAAAUAGCACUGGUAUCAAUUCUCCUUAUUGUCCUGAUGUUCGUUUUUGCAAGUUACGGAGUCCAGCUUUAUGGGGGUAGACUUGCUCGAUGCAAUGACCCUGAGGUCUUAUUUAGAGAAGACUGCAUUGGUGUGUUCAUUCGCCGUGUGUCGGUCACCAAAAUGAAACUUGUACCUGGAGAAAAUGAAACGUAUCCAUCCAUGCUAGUUCCUCGAGUGUGGGCAAAUCCACGUCGAUUCAAUUUCGAUAACAUAGGAUAUGCAAUGCUUGCUCUUUUCGAAGUUCUGUCAUUCAAAGGUUGGCUGGAUGUCCGCGACAUUCUCAUCCGCGCUCUUGGACCAGUCCAUGCCGUUUACAUCCAUGUUUACAUUUUCCUUGGUUGCAUGAUUGGAUUGACAUUAUUUGUCGGUGUGGUCAUUGCAAAUUAUUCAGAAAAUAAAGGCACCGCUCUUCUUACCGUUGAUCAGCGGCGAUGGUGUGACUUGAAGAAACGGCUGAAAAUUGCUCAACCCCUUCAUCUACCUCCAAGACCUGAUGGUAAAAAACUUCGAGCUUUUAUCUAUGAUAUUACCCAGAACAUAACAUUCAAAAGAUUCAUCGCUGUUAUGGUGAUCCUCAACAGCAGCCUUCUCUGUGUUUCGUGGCGAGAAUCUGAGCCACAUACAGAUCCUCUGGCAUUAAUUAGCACUGGACUCACUCUGGUAUUCGUUGUUGAGGUUGUGAUGAAGAAUAUUGCCUUCACGCCACGCGGAUACUGGCAAUCUCGUCGAAAUCGAUAUGAGCUGUUUGUGACAGUGUUCGGUGUUGUAUGGAUCUGUCUUAAUUGCACACUCAGGAAUGAGCUCUCGUACUCAGUCGGCUUUGUGGUUGUUAUUCUCCGAUUUUUCACCAUCACUGGCAAGCAUGCAACUUUGAAAAUGCUCAUGUUGACCGUCGGUGUCUCUGUCUGCAAAAGUUUCUUUAUCAUAUUUGGCAUGUUUUUAUUGGUUUUCUUCUAUGCUCUUGCCGGUACCAUUUUAUUUGGCACUGUCAAAUAUGGAGAAGGAAUUGGACGCUUGGCUAACUUUGGGUCGCCUGCAACAGGUGUAGCAAUGUUAUUUCGAAUUGUAACGGGCGAGGAUUGGAACAAAAUCAUGCAUGACUGCAUGAUUCAACCGCCAUAUUGCACUCCAGCUAACAAUUAUUGGCAGACUGACUGCGGUUCUUUUAUCGCCUCGCUCCUAUACUUUUGCUCAUUCUAUGUCAUCAUCACCUACAUUGUUCUCAACUUACUCGUUGCCAUUAUCAUGGAAAACUUCUCCCUUUUUUACUCCAAUGAAGAAGACGCUCUUUUAUCAUAUGCUGAUAUCAGAAAUUUUCAGAACACGUGGAAUAUUGUUGAUGUUCAUCAGAGAGGUGUAAUUCCUGUUCGCAGGGUAAAGUUCAUUUUGCGUUUAUUGAAAGGGCGUUUAGAAGUAGACCCACAAAAAGAUCGCCUUUUAUUCAAGCAUAUGUGUUAUGAGCUAGAGCGAUUGCAUAAUGGAGAAGAUGUAACUUUUCAUGAUGUUUUGAACAUGUUGUCGUAUCGAUCAGUCGACAUCCGUAAAGCACUUCAACUAGAAGAAUUGCUAGCCAGAGAAGAAUUCGAGUUUGUGAUCGAGGAGGAAGUAGCAAAACAAACCAUUCGAGCAUGGCUGGAAAAAUGCCUGAAAAAAAUUCGAGCUACUAGUGUUAAUAAGCAGCAGAACAGUCUGUUAGCAGGACUGAGAGCAACUAAUGAACUUUUGGCUACAAUGCAAGAUCAUAAUGAAGAGAAAGCAAAGGAAGUUGGUGUUGAGAGAGAUGAUGACAAUGAAACAAAGGAGUGGGAUACCAAGCCCCGAUCGAAAACUGGUGGUGUAACGAAAGCAGUUGGCAUUCCAAGAUCUGAUAGCGUUGGUAGUGGAUCUGGUCGAAAAUACCUGGCUCCUACCCUAUCUGAUCCAGCUUCACGCCCUGAUAAGCAGUCAGCCAUGCCAAAAAGUCGGAACAGCAGAUCAGCCACUUUGAACAAGAACAGCUUGUCUCAUCUGUCAGAAGGACUAGAGAGCUCUCGAUCAUUCCGUGAUAUGUCGAACAACAAAGCGAUGUUGGCUCGAAUGUCCCACAUUAGCUCAGAGGUACGUGACUGGUGGAAUGAACAACUUGACCACAGCUCAGAUUCCAGCGAUGAUGAUUGUAGUUAACCCACUAAAUCAACUGUUCAGACAAUUUAAGUACAAUUAGUUAGUAUAAGUUAUCUAAAAAACUGAAUAAUGAGCAGAAAAUCAAACAAUUUUGUUUAAUCAUUUAUUGUAAAAUGCUGGGGGGAGGGUUCUUAGAAAGUGGGAAACCAGGAUUUUCUUUUCCUUUCCACAAGAAACUUCGAAAAUACACUGCAUUUAAUUUUUAGCUGACUAAAUAAUUUUCACGGCAAAAUCUGUCUGCUCUUCUAUUUAAGUACCAUAAAAUCAAAGAAGGAAACACAGAAUUUGGAACGUAGUAUGAACUAUCUAGUGGAAAAAAUCUUUAAGAUUCUUAAUUAUUCAGUCUCUCCAGAUGUCCAAUUGACUUCCUUUUGAAUCAGAUGGGCAAUACAUGCCUUGGAUUCUUUUAAAGCCAUAAUAUCUUCUGAAAAGAGAUUCCCUGCGUUUAAAAAUGCCUUGCAUUUAUUUGUCUUUACAUUAGUACAUGCAGCAAGGUGAUAUUCCAUUUUCUAAGAAAACCGUAUGACGUCAAUUUUCCUCCAAGUUGACAUGUGGUCAACACAAUUUUUGUUAUUAUUAAUUUUAAGCUUCAGGUAUUCUGAAUUUUAGGAUAAGUAACUUGUACAUAGCCUUUAGAUUUAUUAAGACCACAGUACUUUCAUAAAAUUUUAAGUUUUUAUGGUUUUAUGUAUUUCCUAGAGCGCGAAUAAAGUGUGAAAGUUGCAUGUUUUUGGAAA